AUGGACAAUAUUAUAGAGAACUCGCUUAACUUUUGGCAACAAAGACUAAACAAUUCAUCAUAACCAUAACCGAACAUCUUGUUAAAAAAGAAAUAAAGUUCAAUAGUAGACAGAGUAGUGAUAGAAUCGACGAAAUAUUGGAGAAAAAUGGCUGAUGAAUAUUCAGCCAAAAGUUCCACGAAUAGAUCUGUCUAAAGCUUGUCAUCCUAACUUCAUAAUUAAUAGAUUUCUGAUUGCUGA